AUGCAGGGCGCCCAGCUGGUCCCAGAUGUCCCGAGCUACAGUGCCACCAUCAGCUCCUGCGAGAAAGCUGGGCAGUGGCAGCUCGCCAUCUUGCUCUUCGCAUCCAUGCAAGAAGCACAGCUCACUCCGGAUGUAAUCAGCUACAGCGCGACCAUCAGCGCCUGUGCGUCGGAGCGUCGGGUGCAGUGGCAGCUGGCCCUGCAACUCUUUGAUGAGAUGCUGCAACACCAGCUGGCCCCCAACGUCAUCAGCUACAAUGCUGCCAUCAGCGCCUGCGAGAAGGCAGGGCAGUGGCAGGUGGCUCUGCAGCUCUUCGGCGUCAUGAAAGCCACGAAGCUGACCCCUGAUGUCAUCAGCCACAGCGCAGCCAUCAGCUCCUGUGAGAAAGGCGGCCAGUGGCAAGCGGCUUGUCAAGUCUUUUGGGCCAUGCGCGAAGCGCGGCUACAUCCCGACGUCAUCAGCUACAGCGCAGCCAUCAGCUCAUGCGAGAAGGGUGCCCAGUGGGAGGUGGCCGUGUCCCUGUUGCACUCCAUGCCUUCGGCCAAGCUCCUACCCAGCAUCGUCACCUACAGCGCCUGCAUCAGCGCCUGCGAGAAAGGGGAGCAGUGGCAGCUGGCACUGCACCUCUUUGCCGCAAUACCAAAAGCCAUGCUGACGCCCACCCAAAUCAGCUACAACGCCACCAUCAGCUCCUGCGAGAAGGGGUCGCAGUGGCAGCACGCCUUAGAGCUCUUCAGCGCGAUGCCGGAGGCCAAAGUCACCCCGAGCGUCAUCAGCUACAGCGCCGCCAUCAGCUCCUGUGAGGAGGGCCGGCAGUGGCAGCUUUCCUUUCGACUCUUCUACGAGAUGCUGGCGGACAAGUUAAGUCCCAGCCUGAUCCUCUACCGCAGUGCCAUCAGCCACUGCGAGCUGGGUGGGUAG